UGGGGGCCACCUGAUCGCUCCCCGCAGAAUACAAUAUGGCGCCUCCCUUGUAGCUGCUCCUAGAAGGCGUGGAGGGAAGGCUGAGCUUGCUGCGCUCUCUGGGGACUAUUUCUCUCUUGUAUCCUGGAGACAGCUGUGACGCAAGAUGUUCUGAUGAAGGCUAAGUUCACUUCACUGGCUUGGUUUAUAAGACACUGCAUCUUGCAGCAGGGCAGAACUGUAACAAAUCAGCUGGCUGGAAGGGGCCAGAGAUUCCUGCCACCUGAAGAUCUGCCAGCUAGAAAGCUCUGUCCUUCCAAGCACAUGGAGGGGGAAUGCCCACAGGAAGCCAAUGGCUCCCAUCCAGAGCAGCGUGAGGAGCAGCCGCCUACAUCUGAUCUAGCGAUGGACACUGGGAGCUGCGCUGGCCCCAUGAAAACUGGGGAGACCGUGAUCAUGGAGGGGAAAGCGAAGAUCAUCUUCCCCAGUGCCAACGAAGUGUUCUACAACCCCGUGCAAGAGUUUAACCGAGACCUGACGUGUGCCGUGAUCACAGAAUUCAUUCGCCUUCAACUUUCGGCCAAGGGGAUUCAGAUUGCCGUGCCAGGAGAGGAGAAGGUCGAGAAGGUGGUUGUGGAUCUUUCCGAAGGGGAGGAGGCUGGGUCAGAACCAGUGCCUGAAGGGGAGGGGGCAGCGGCAGUGGCAGUGGGAGAAGUGUGCAAGGAAGGAGUGCGGAUCUUGGAGGCCUUGGCCGCCUCAGGGCUCCGCUCUAUCCGCUUUGCCAAGGAGGUGCCCGGCCUCCGAGCUGUGGUGGCCAACGAUUUCUCCUCCAGAGCCGUCGAGCUCAUGGCAAGGAACAUCCAGUUCAAUGGAGUUGGGCACCUGGUGACGUCGAACUUGGCUGAUGCCAGGAUGCUGAUGUAUCAGCAGAAGGCGGAGAAGCAUCCGUUCGACAUCAUCGACCUGGACCCAUACGGCAGCCCUGCCACCUUCCUGGAUGCCGCCGUGCAGGCAGUGAGUGAAGGAGGCCUGCUGUGUGUUACCUGCACCGACAUGGCGGUGAUGGCUGGGAACAGCGGGGAGACGUGUUACAGCAAGUACGGAGCCAUGUCCAUCAAGGGCAAGUUCUGCCAUGAGAUGGCCCUGCGGAUCAUCUUGCACAGCCUGGACCUGCGCGCCAAUUGCUACCAGCGCUACAUCGUGCCGCUGUUGUCGGUCAGCGCCGACUUCUACAUCCGGGUCUUCGUGCGGGUCUUCACUGGCCAGGCCACAGCGAAAGCCUCUGCCAGCAAACAGGCCCUGGUGUAUAACUGUGUGGGCUGCGGGACGCACCGCUUCCAGAGACUCGGCAAGAUGACCAGCCACGGGAGCAAUUUUAAAUACUCGGCUGCCUCUGGCCCCCCAGUGGGCUCCUCCUGCGAGCAUUGCCACCAGCGGCACCAGCUGGGUGGCCCCAUGUGGGCGGAGCCCCUCCAUGACCUAGCUUUUGUCCAGAGGGUCCUGUCGGCCUUGGGGAGCAACCCGGGACGGUUCGGGACACAGGAUCGGAUCCAGGGGGUGCUCAGCAUGGUCACCGAGGAGCUGAGCGAUGUCCCGCUGUACUACACCCUCGACUGCCUGAGUAGCACCAUCCACUGCAACACGCCCUCCCUGCUGCAGUUCAGAUCUGCCCUCCUCCACGCCGGCUACCGCGUGUCGCUCUCCCACGCCUGCAAGAACGCCAUCAAGACGGAUGCACCGCCCUCCGUCCUCUGGGACAUCAUGAGAUGUUGGGAGAGAAUCCAUCCUGUGAAGAGAGAGCGACUCUCGGACACCAGCCCAGCCUUCCACAUCCUCUCUGUGGAGCCCACGCUGCAGGCAUCCUUCACCAUCCGCGAGGACGCCAACCCCAAAUCCAGGAAGCAGGGUCUGAAACGGUUCCAGGAGAAUCCCGAAGCGUACUGGGGCCCUAAAGCCAGAGCUAAAGCAGGGGGGGGCAUUUCCACCUCCCUGCAGGACAAGAGGAAGCUGCAUCAGAACAAGCGGAAGGAGAGAGCGGAGGAUGGGGCCCACUUGAAAAACAUUCCCUGCAAGAGGCUCAAGGAGGGGAGCUGCGCAGGGGCUGAGAAGAGCUGCCCCUCCCCUGAACCGGCCCCACAGGCUGUGAAGACCAACAGUCCCCCCCAGUAACCCGGCCCUGGGCAGGAACGGAUGCUACAGGGCUUUAUUUUUUUAGUUCAAUGAAGGUGCAAGCUUUUUGUUUUAAGACUGACUGACUGUCUCCCCCACCCUGAGCCUCCGUGCGGCCAGCCAUUAAAACAAGGGUCUCUCCUUUUUAGGGA